AUGGACGAGAUACUGAAAAAACAGGGGUUCCCGGACAUGGGAGAGAUCACCAUGGAACAGGUGUGGGACGUGUUCAACCAGCUCAACCCGAUGGAAAAACGAUCGCUUUCAUCGGCUCUGGAGGUGCUGGUGGAGCACUCCAACGGCAAGAUUGAAGAAAUGGAUGAGACGAUACAGUCAGGCGAUGAGGAGGGCGAGUUGACGCAGCAGGAGAUGGAGGAACUCACCAACUCGAUCAAGGCGAGCGGAAAUGACGUUCCGGAUCUUAUGGGUCCAGAUCGCAACUCCAGCAUGCAUUCUGCCUCGGAUGGAGAGGCUAUUCUUGGCAAGACGAUAAUUAUCCACGAAGACCAGCUGGAGAAGACCUUUUCAAUGGUCAAGCUCGACAACGACGAGGCGCCGUUUCCCGCAGAUCCCAACAAGCUACACAUUCCCUUCACAUCCGAGCAGUUGAGUGAGACGUCCAACCUCAUGAAGUGGGUAGGAGCUACAGAUAUGCGUACUUUUAUCUGGGAGUACGAGGCGAUCAUCCGAGCGAUAUUUGCUGCAUGGAACGGAGAUCAUGAUGUGGAGAACCUGGAGUUUUAUCUUGUUUAUUACCUCCCAUUCUUUGUGUCUCUAGGAGUCAUCUACAGUCUGGAAGCCGAGUUUGGAUACAGAACGUUUGAGGUGGAAGGCCUAGACAAGCUGGAGAUUGAGGAUGACGCCAAGGAAAUGCACCAACGGGUGUUGGCAGGCUCGUGGCGCGAAAUCAGACGGUUUGUGGUCAGCGAGUUUGCUGCCAUCAAGGACGACGAGGAGUUCGUUUCUCACACAAUGUCGUUGCUUGAAAACGUGGCAGUUUCGAAACGGGGUGGACUCAAGCGGUAUCUUUCGUACGUGGCUCGUCUUGUCAGCAGAGCCCAAUCUGAGCGAGAAAUCAACAAGUGUCUUUACGGGGAAGCUGGCACUGGAGGAUUCAUUGAUAUCCAGGACGUGUACAAUGUGGUUGUGAUGCGACUGCCGUUCAAGUGGCGCUUGGAGGCUGAGAAUCUCGGCAACAAGGCUACUUCGGCCGUGGAGUUUGCUACUAUUUUGGAACACACGUUCAGCAAGGAUCAAGACUUCAAUGCCCGCAAUGAAGAGCUCAUGGGAGGGUCUCUGUUUGAAAAGAACAGAAAGAAGACGAAAACGAACAAGAAGGAAAAGGAAAAGGAAAAGGAAAAGGAAAAGGAAAAGGAAAAGGAAAAGGAAAAGGAAAAGGAAAAGGAGACUGACGGUGUCAAAAAGACGAGUGUCAAGGGACCCCUGAACGCAGAAACACUGGCACAAAAUAACUCAAAGGAGGUACUCGAAGAAAAACUGAGAGUGCUCAUUACAGCGUUAACCAAGGAGUUUGGACCUUCUUCAAAGGAGUGGGCUUGCGUUCAAGAUAUGAAGCUACAUGUUCCCGAUAAGGCUCCUUCUGCCCCUCCUCCCAAGAAACAUGAUCCUCUCGAGAGUCUCAGAGGCAAUAAUUAUUUCUAG